AGGGAUCUGUGAAGCCACACCCCCCUCUGAAGUAGCAGCUCUAUGGGUGACAGAGGCUUUCCCAUGUGCCACUCUGUCUUCUCAUUCAAGGGAAUGAGGAGCUGGCUGGACAAACUGUUACUCUGGGCUGUUUUUCUUUCUACUGCACUUCAAAAUGCUGCAGUGGAUAAUGAGAGGAAGAAAACAGACGAACUGCCUCCUCCAAAUCUGAACUCAAGUACGAAUGUGGUCAGGAUGGGCCAAAAUGUAUCUCUGUCCUGCUCCAGCAAGAAGAACACAUCAGUGGACAUCACCUAUUCAUUAUUUUGGGGUACGAAACACAUAGAAACCAAGACCAAAAGAGGAGAAACCGUCAUUUUCCACCUGAAGAUCUCCAACGCCAAUGAAACAGGCCCUUACAAAUGCAAAACCAAUGUUUCCAACCUGCAGAAGUAUAGUCAGGAACUCAACUUCAAGAUCGCCAAAGAAGACAGCUGUCCUUCUUGUCUGCUGCCAUGGCUGCUCCCAGGGUUGCUACUGGGACUACUGGUCAUAAUAAUCAUAGUUCUGGUUUUUUUGAUUCAACCAAAGUGCAAAAAAGGAAACGCUCAGAGAGAGAGUAAGUCCAAGGAUUCUGGAGAUGCACCCAUGCAAAGUGAGCUGUAUGCAAACAUCUGUGAACCUCAAACUCAGACAGAGGCAGGACAACCCCAGGAGCUACACUAUAUCACUCCAGUCUUCAAGGAGGUGGCACCCAGGGAACAAGAAGGCUGUGUGGGCAAUCCAGCUGAUUACAUCUACUCCGAGCUCACCCACUGAAGUGUGAAGAAACUGACUGCAUCCCCGUGUAAAAGACUUUCCAGUAAGCUGAUGUGUAUGGAGAAACAGCAAAUUCACCAGGUGCUCCAAAGUUUCACCCGAGCCUGGAGCAGGAGGAUCCUGAAUUCAAGGCCAGCUGGGACUACAAAGCAAGACCCCAUCUUAAAACACAAAACCAAAAAUAUCUAACCUGUUCGCCUAAGAUGAAUUUGCAUUUUUCACAUCUGAACACUAUUCCUUUGGCUAAUUUGGGCCUCCCUCUAAUCUUGUCAUCAAAGUAGCCAGGCUUGAUAAUAGUUAUAAAGUAUUUGGUUUUGUGGGCA